AUGGGAAAUUGCGUGACAAGUAACAAGAUUUUAGGACAAGAUGAGAAAGAUGAGCAACCAAGAGAAGAAAGAGCAAUUGAAAGGUCUGUGAGGCAUGUUGAUGGUGGAAAGAAGAAGAGUGUGAGGUUCAAACUACAUGAAGAAGAAGAAGAAGAAGAAGAAGAAGAAGAUGGUAAUGGCGAAGAGAGACAAGGGUGUUCAAAAGGUGGGGCAGUGAGGAUUAGAGUUGUGGUGACACAAAGAGAGUUGAUUCGGAUUUUGAAUACCAAGUCUAAAUACUCUUCUGUGGAGCAAAUGUUGGGUGAAAUGAAGCUGAAAAGCAGAAAGAUUUCUCAAAUCCGAUCGAGUGACGAUGAAGGCACAAAUGGCAGUUGGAGGCCUGCUCUGGAGAGCAUCCCAGAAGACCAUUAA